AGCGAUUCAUGUUCCUUGGGCGCCAUUGUUAUACAAUGUCAACAAACAACUCGUGAAGCCCUAAGUCUUAUCUAGAGCAACACCACCAUCCCACUGUGUGUAUACCACCAUCCCACUGUGUAUAUCAGUGUGUAUAUCAGUGAGGCAAGACAAUGAGAGUGAUAAUACAUGUGGUGCAGCCAUAGGGAGGAGAACCUCCAGGAAACCUCACAUAUCUCACCAAUAAGAAGAAUCCAUAAGUCUAUAUUUUAUUCUAUUGUAACAUUGCUGCAAGAUGCCACGAGAGGACAAGCGUGCUACCUUCCUGACGGACUUGGGAAGGGCUACUAUGCGGGGUGUUCGCAGAUGCCACAAAUGUGGCACCUUGAAUGGUACUCGAGGAUUCUCUUGUAAAAACAAGUCAUGUGAUGUUAUUUUUAAGGAAGCUGGCGAAAAGAGAAAAUUAUCUACAGAGGCGUGUAGAAUUAUAGCUGGUGCAGAUGCUCAGAUUUAUUCAGCCCGUGUACGAGACAAAGGUCCAGACUAUCGUGGCUUUGUUCAGCUUCCCCUCAUCCAGUCCAUGGAUGGGUCCGGAGAUAUCUUCAUCGGUGCAGAAUCUCUCGGGGACCCAGUGUUGCUUGUGCAGAUGGGAGCCAGGUGUUAUGUAGAACCCUGUCAGCGAAAUUUUGAAAAAUUAAUGGUAAAGAGCCAGCAGCCAGCUCUGUGCUCUCACAUCCGUGCUGCCUCCCAGUGUUUCAAGGAAGCUCAGUCACUGACGCUUAAAAAUUCUGUUCUCAAUUCCUUGCCCAUACCACAGUCGGUCAAAUCGGACAUUUGGCAGCUUGCAACUGACACUCCAGGUCCUCUAGUGCAAAGAGUGUCAAAAAAUAUUAUGGUAGUUAAAUGUAAACCAGAAGCUUUACAUCCACUAGGAUUUUUACACUUCAGUUUCCAGCAGGUUCGCAAUAAAGAGGAGACUGAAUAUAAAUAUUACUGUGGAUGUCGAGCUUUCAAGAUUCAGCCAGCAGCUCGAGAUGUUACCUUCCGUAAAUGCGUUCAUCUUUAUGCUUGUGUGGUGGCUUUUGCAAGUGAUCAUCAACUCUCUCAGGAAUUUUCUUACUAUAUCCAUAUGAUUCAGAAUGAUCUUGGUCAUUCUGCAAGUCUGACAGGUGGCGAUGAAAACAGUGUUAGCAUAGGAGGGAGCAGUGCCGGCCUCAGUACUGUGGGAGAGCGCUCCUUCCUUAUACUGAAUGACUCUGGUGAUUCUCAAUGUCAGGUGGAGGUGGAAGUGUUGCAGGAGGACUCUACAUCAAUACUGGAGGGCAUUCCAAUCUCCCCAUCAGAUAACCUUGUUACUCAGGAGGAUAUUGAAGGGAAAUUGGAGAUUCAGCUGAGAACUCCAGAGGGCAUUCAUCUACGAACUUCAGAUGGAGGAACUAUCUCUGUCCAUCAGAUUCCUGACAACCUGCCAGUAACAGGUAUAAAGCGAAGACAAGAGGAUUCAGUGGUCCAGGCCAGCUCAGCUCUCCUCACCCUUCAAGAGAGUGCUAUUAAAAAGGUAUCUUCACCCAGAAGACCACUGACAGGAGCCUGUGCUAGGAAGGCCAAGGAACCAGUGGAUGAGAAUACUGCUUCAUUUAGCUUCUUGUCGUGGUUGGGAAGUGUUACCGAGAGAAUCAACCAAACGAUGCAUUUCGGCUUUAGUGGCAAACCUGAACCCUUGGUGUUCCACAUGCCAAAGAUAUUUUUUGAUUGCCUAAUGGAGAGAAUAAAUGCAAGAUCAAAAAAGAAAAGACUGCCAAAUCAAACACAGCAGUUUAUAAGGAAAGAUGCUGUUCCUUUAGGAAAAUUUACAAAAUACACUUGGAAAAUUAUAAGUGACCUGCAUGUGCGUCAAAUAUUUGAUAUUCCUCACAUGCCCUUGGAAAUAACUCGCAGUUUCAUUCAAAACCGUGAUGGUACAUACAAGUUAUUUCAUCACCGUGAUGAGGAUUCCAUUUAUGCCAAGGGCAGCCCCAGCCAACCACUGCUGAGGCCACAAGAAUACAAAACAAGACUUCGUGUGGGCACAUCUUCACCAGGACAAAAGGAACCAACACCUUUUACUAUUGAAUGGAUACCUGACAUUCUUCCACAGUCUUAUAUAGGUGAGUUACGAAUAAAGUUUGAAUUUGACCACUUGCAUAAUGGUCAGCUACUUACAACCAGAGAAUCUCGUGGUGCUAUGUCAGGUCAGUCCAUAUCAACAGUUCGAAGCCAUGGCCCUCUCCUGGCCCCAAGACCUCAGCCACAACAGACACAGCAGACACCACAGGCAACACAACAGAUUUCAGCAACAGAGCAUAUUAUUAGCAUACCAAUAACCUCAGAUGGUAUGCAGUCUACUGAGAAUAUGGCAACUAUUCUUACUUUUUGAACAAUAAUAUGUCUAGUCAAAUUAUUUAUAUAUCCAAGAUGGCAGCAUCUAGCAUCCAUGAGAUGUGACUGUUAGGUGAGCACUGACUAGGUGAAAACUAUUUUUUGUUAUUAGAAGUUUUGAAGACGUUAUUGUAAUUUUACAACCAUAGUUUAAAUGGGCUUGUGAAGCUUUGUUAAAAAAUAGUCAAUAGUGAGAUAUUAAAGUACUGUAUAGUGUUGAAAACCUUAUAUUUUUUCCUAUGGAAAAAGUUUUCUAAUUUUAUUUACAUAGAUUAUGUACAGUUGGAAAAAUUCUUGAAAAUAUUUAUUAAUUAGAAAAUAAACAUGUUCUUUAAUUACUGUUUUAUACUUCAGAAGUGAGAGACAGACCUUUAACAAAAGACUCCCAAGUCACUGAACACUUUAUUAAUAUCUUACAAAUAGAUUAACUCUUGUAAACUCUCUUUUAUGAACUUAAUUGCAAUGUAAUUCCUCAAAGUUCUUUUUAUAUACAAUAUACCUGGUUAGUCCUUUCAGCUUCCUUGCAGUUUUCCCUGGACAUACUGCCAUUCAUCUCUCAUAAUACAUAUAACACUUCUCUUGUCUAUCACCUCAUCUUCACACAUGAUCAUACCACCAUAAUAGUGGAACCUCAGUCCUCGAACUUAAUUUGUUACAGAAGGUUGUUCAAGUACUGAAUGAAUUUUUCCCAACCAAUUUUGUUUUUGGUUGGCUGUUAUCACUAAUCUUCAUAAGCCCCAUGGUGAUUUAUUUAUACAAAUAAUAUAAAAAAAACACCAAAAAAUGCGAAGAAACACGAAAUAGUUUACAGUGAAGUUUUGGCAGGUCAUAUUUGUUUGGUCGAGUGCUGAGCAGUCAGCUGCCGAGUGAUUUUUUUUACUGAACAAAGCAUUUGAAUACCGAAUUGUUCGAGUAGGGAACUGCUCAAGUUCCAAGGUUCCAUUGUAUUUCAUUACCAUUAAUUUUUACCAGAUCGGCUACUUCUCACUGAAGUAAGGUGACCCAAUGAAAGCA